UUAUAAACUUUCACAACGUAUAAGAUGACAUUUAGCGUGUAUAAGACAUGUGCUUGGCUCUUGGAUUUGUUUGAGCUGCUCAGUCUUGGCCGAAACGUGUGCGGUUUAAGCCGCAAAAACUCGUGUUGAGUGUGUUUUUAUAUGAUGUUGGCCCGUGAGCUUUUAUUAAGGCAUAAAAAAACUAUUUUAAUGCUGAUGUUGCUCGCUGUGAUUUGCAAUGUUAUCAUUUAUCUCUACAUAAUGGACACGAAAACAGAAGCUUCAACAAGCAGAACAACUUCAACAUCAACAACAGCUGCAGCAGCAGAAGCAGCAGCAGCAUUUGCCCCAAAGACAACAACAAAAGAGGCAACAAUGCCACAUGAGCUCAUUCAGCCGGAGACGCUAGUGAUGGCCGGUCUGGGCACAUUGGGUCGACCGGCGGAGAGCAACUGGACUGCUGAGCAGCUGCUGGCCAUGGAGAGCAGCCAGCGCGAAACGGGUUAUAAUGCCUGGCUCUCAGAGCGCAUAUCGCCGGCGCGCAAGCUUUUCGAUAUGCGGCAUCGCAGCUGCAAAAAGCUCAAGUACCCAAUGGAAAAGCUCCCAGCUAUCAGUGUCAUUAUCACCCACCACAACGAACAGCCGAGUGUGCUGAUAAGAACGCUGAGCAGUCUGAGAAGCAGAACGCCGGCGCGCCUACUGCGAGAGAUCAUUCUGGUGGAUGAUGGCAGCGAACUGAAGCAAGAGCACCUUGCGAGAAUUGUGGACGAGCAGUUCCGGGGCUUGGUGCAACAGCAGCGUCUGCCAAGGCAGCUGGGCCUGAUGCAGGCGCGGCUGGCGGGCGCUGAGAAGGCGCUGUCGAAAGUUCUCGUUUUUCUUGAUGCACAUGUGGAGGUGACCCGGGGUUGGCUGGAGCCCUUGUUGGCACCGCUGCUGGAGAACAAUAGGACCUGCUGCACACCCGUCGUGGAUACCAUAGACUAUGAGACCUUCGCCUAUAGGCGCGGCAAGCCAUCGCGUGGCUUCUUCGACUGGGACUUUAACUACGUGCAGUUGCCACUGCUCAAGGAGGAGGAGCUGGCGCUGCCUGCGCCACACGACAAUCCCAUCAUGAAUGGAGGUCUGUUUGCCAUAGAUCGCAACUGGUUCUUUGAGCUGGGUGGCUAUGAUGAAGGACUGCGCAUUUGGGGCGCGGAGCAGUUCGAGCUGAGCCUCAAGAUAUGGCUGUGCGGUGGUCGCCUGCUGGAGGUGCCUUGCUCCAGAGUGGGACAUCUCUUCAGGAAUGGCGGCUUCCAUGCGCAGUACAUGAAAACCGAAAGUGGUAGCAAGGCGUUAGCUAGGAACUUCAGACGUGUGGCCGAGGUGUGGUUGGAUGAGUACAAGGACAAGCUGUAUGCGAAUAUGCCGCACUUGACCCACAUCAAGGUGGGCUCCUUGAAGAAGCAAAAGGCACUGCGUCAGCGUCUGCACUGCAAGCCCUUCAAAUGGUUUUUGGAUCACCUGGGUCGCGAUUUCUUAGAACAGUAUCCAAUUGACGAACCUUUGGAUUACGCCUUUGGCGCUGUGCAAAGCUUGGCAGAGCCCACAUUGUGCUUGGAGCGAACAGAGACUGCAGAACAUCCGCAACUGCUGCCCUGCGAUGAGGACCUCAUGUAUCCCAAGUUGGAGCAAAAGUGGACUUUGAGCCAUUUCCGUGAUCUGCACUCGAGUUCGCGUUGCUUGGAGCUGCAGCAGCGGCAGCCAAAUGCUGAAAUCUGGCUCUGGCAAUGCCAUCAUCAUGCUGGCAAUCAGUUCUGGUCCUUCGACCUCAAUUCCAAGCACAUUAUCCAUGGCCAGAACAGAGCUGAGCAGCGUUGCCUUGAAGCCCUCGUGGAACAGCGCAAGGUGGUGGCCAAUAUCUGUGAUACCCACAAUCUGCGGCAGCAAUGGAAAUUUGGAUAUGCAAAUGAGAAAUUGCUGGAGGACUUUUGGAAGAAUUUACCUCAGUAGCAAAAGUCAAAAAAGGGUAAAAAGACGGGAUGCAGUGGAAGGUGACUACAUGACCUUUCACCUGACCAUGAUUUGAUUUAACAAGAUACUCAUUAGCUUUAGAAAUAGUUCGGAAGUUAUUCUAAUAACCUUAAUAAUACCCUGUCUUCAUGGUAAAUAUAUAUAUUCUCCCCGCCUGUCUGUCUAAGAGACUAGAGAGAUAUAGUUUUGAGUGGAUGUAAAGCACAGGCACAGGGUAUCUGCUAGUCGGCCACUGCCGUCUAGAGCAUGUAUAAGUAUAAUAA